AACCUCUAAGCCGUUCUCGUAUUACAAGUAGAAAUUCGUUGUUUAAGAUUUCAUAUAGGAAACAAAACGUGAAUCGUGAUUAUUCGUAAUAUGUUAUAAAACGAACUACGCGAAAUUAAGAGGAUGAUUGAGUAGAAGUACGUAACGAUAUUUUUUAGGUUAAGUAAUCCUUGUAUUUUUUGUAAGGGUCUUCUGCUAGACAGACGGCGCCACAUGCGUUUGGAAUCGUUGAAAAGAUUUUUAAUAUCGUAGGAAAAAUUUUUAAAGGGUAUUAACGAUAACCUCGAACGUAAAAUGAUAUUACGUUAGAGAAAGGUAAUUGACUUCGGAGUCGUUGACUGACUUCCGGUUAAGACAAGCCCAUGUGGACGGCAGCAGGGGUGCCCUGAGUUCAGUACGCGUUUCGACCGUGCCUCGUGUAGUCUCUCGUCUUUGAUUCCCCCUCGUUAUUGUCUUUGAAAUUUAACUUAAACGGUAAAAGUCUCGAAAGUACUCUCAGAUAUAUAUCAUGGCGGAUUUAGAUGACUUUUUUGCGAAAAAGGAUCGGAAGAAAGCCAAGGGUAAAAAGUUCACUACGACCGAGGAGGUAGCAAAGAAGCUGGAAGAAACGGGUAAACGUUCGGAAAAAAUGAAAUCAAAAGAAAAACCAAUGAAUCCGGAAGGCGAGGAGACUCAACAAAUAGAGGACGAAGACGAAUGGAAAGAAUUCGAAGUAGAAGAGAAGAAAGAUCUGAGAGGUUUGAAAAUUGGAAACCUUUCAGUAAAAGAAACCAUCGACGUGGAGUCCGACGAUGAACGAGGAACAGGCGACAAUAGUUCUGAUGGAGAAAUUGGAGAAGGUACGGCAAAAAUUGGGCCGUGGAAGAAACCAGAGGCGCCGCAACAGCCAGAGGUGGUAGAAGAGGUAACGGCAACAGCAGCUGCUGCACCAGCUGCCCAAACGACAUCAACGUAUAGUUAUGUAGCACCGCAUUUGAGAAAUCCUGUAGCAAUGUCUGCUCCAAGACCAAGAGCUAAAAACGUAGCGCCUGACAUUCAUAGCGAAGAGUAUUUUCCUACAUUGAGUUCCAGACCACAGAGCAAUGAAUCUACCGGUCCAUGGGGUCGACGGAAACGAGAAGAAGGUACAUUCGAGGAGGUUCGUAAUCGUGGUGGCAGCAGAUCUUACAGUAUCCAGGAGACACAGGCUCAAACACCUAAACUCUCCCUUGGAAAUAAAUAUGGUGCCCUGUCGCAAGAUCAAAGCUGAAAGCACUCCUUGCGAUUAGAUCAGACAACGGACACGCAUUGUUAUAUCAUCGCCUCCUUUCCAUUUCGUGGCCCAGCUAAGCCGCAAAACAUUUCAUAGGAUAGAAUAUUAUGUGUACCAUAGCAUGCAUAUAUAUAUACAUAUGUAUAUGUAUGAUAUAUGUAUAUAUAAAUAUGUACGCGCAUAAUGUACACCGUGUACAUGUCCGUGUUUUGAAAAGCCCAGGGCAAAAUUCUGAUUCGACUGGUAAACAGGAUUCAUCGUGCUUGUGUAACAGGAGCAACUUAGGUCCUUCUAAGCAUCGAACGACAUUCUUACAAUGAAAUCGUAUUUUACAAGUGAAAACUUAUUUUCAUACUGUGUGCUCAAAUGUUAGCCUCACUUUUAUAUUUAAUUUUAUAAACUUGUAAGAUUGUACUGCAUCAAGAAGUAUAAUCGCGUCAAGAUAGGAAAGAAAUAUAGUGCGGCGCUCAGAUUCUCUCGGAGAAUUUUUCUGUGAAUAUAUAUUAAAUGUGGGAAAUACUCUUAUUAGUUCGUAACUAUGUGAUCUAUUUGUUCUUCUUCUUCUUCUUCUUUUUUUUUUGUUUUUUUUUCUGUUUCUGUCGUUUUUUUUUUUUUUAUUUUAUUUUAUUUUACUUCACAUGGUGCUAGUUUUAUUUAGAAAGAAAUACAACACCGCUAUUAAAUAGUUCUUUUCUUUUUUUUUCUUUUUUUUUUCAUUUUCUUCUUUUUUCUUUCUUUUUUUUUUUUUUAUUACGUGUCUGUGUUGUUAUUCGUUACGUAAACGCGCGUAAAUCGGAUAUGACGAUUGUUGGUCUCUAUAAAUUAUAUCUGUGUGUGUCUCUUUUAAUUAAUCUUUAUAUAUUUUUUAUUAAAACGGGUACGAAAUAUCGUGAAACGUUAAAAUGAGGUCGUUCUUGAUGGACCCUCAGUACUCCGUUACGUUCUGUUAUGCUCAAAGAAAUUAUGCGUCGACGAAUAGAUGAAGCAUUUUAACGAAUUAAGAUUCAUACAAGAUCGGGCUAAAAACUUAAAGGCUGGGCUUGGGAGCAGAAUAAGAGAAUAAAAAUAGAUGCAAAGUGGAACGUAUCGAGCAUCAUCGAAAGAAAAUAUGUGUAUAGAAAGUACGUUGUGAUCGCGAUGGACGAUGAAAUGAGAUAUAUGUAUGUAUAUAUAUAUAUAAAAUAUAUAUAAAAGAUAUUAUCUUUUAUAUGUGUAUAUAUAUAUACAUAAAAAAGAUAAAGAGAAAUUCAUGUAUGUUUAAAAAAAAAAAAAGAAAAGAAAAGAUAAAGGAAAAAUGUGUGUGUAUAUGUAAGACUUCGUUUGAUGAUUGUUUUGAAUUUACUUUGUUGAUUUAAAAAAAAAAACAAACAAACAAAAGACUUCCUUUUUUCUUUCUGUUCUCUCAAUAUAUAUAUGUAUGUAUGUAUGUGUAUGUGUAUAUAUAUAUAUAUAUAUAUAUAUAUAUAUAUAUAUAUAUAAAAUAAGAAAAA